UUUGUGUGUGUGUGUGUGUGUCUGUAGAGAGAGAGAGAGAGAAGAGUUAAUGAAGAAGAAGAGUCUGAAUUGAAACUAAAACUGUUUUUCUGAAUCGUCUAUUUCUCCUCUGAGUUCCAAACUUCUUUCUUUCAUAGGUAACAAACAAACAAACAAACUCGUCCAUUCGCAAGCAAGCACUAAUUAUAUUAUAUAUAUAAAAUAAUAAUAAUAAUAAUGUCCUCUACUCUUCCUCCACUUCUUCUUCUUCCUCCUCCUGCUCCUUGAUCUCCUACAGAAAGCUGACAGAUUUUCUUCCCUUUUCUUGACACUCUCUCUCCAUACAUAUACCCUCUCCCUUCCCCUCUCUUCUUCAACCUCUCCUCCUCCUCUCUCAGAUCAAUUAUUUUCAUGGUUGACAGAUUUCCGCCAAUGUUGGACUACGAAUGGGCCGCCGGAAACCCAUCACCCCUUAUUAAUUACUCCCCCGCCGACGACGACGACUCCAACCACCACCACCACCAUCAUCAUAACCCACGUCAAUUCUUCGAUCCCUUCGCCGCCCCUCCACCCACACACGAAACCCUAAUUUACCCUUCUCAUCCUCAUCCCCCUCCCCCUCAUCAUCAUCAUCAUGUCGGAUUUACCCUAAAUAAUAAUCAACAUUUCCAACACCCCUCUCUAUACGACCCACGCGCCUUCGGUGGCGCGUCCGGUUCUUACGCACACACUUCCCUCGACCCAACUCCCGGCGGGUUCAUGGUGGUUCCCAAGAACGAGCCUUGUGGCGGCGGCGGAGGCGGUGGUGGAGGACAGGGAGUGCUGUCGGAUUUUACUGCUACAAUCGGGCUUAAUUUGGGCGGUCGGACUUAUUUCUCGGCGUCUGAUGAUGAUUUUGUGAAUAGGCUUUACCGGAGGUCAAGGGCUGGGGAACCGAUUGGGACUAACGUGCCUAGGUGUCAGGCGGAAGCAUGUAAUGCCGAUCUAAGCCACGCUAAGCAUUAUCAUCGCCGUCAUAAGGUCUGUGAGUUUCAUUCUAAGGCCUCCACUGUUAUCGCCGGCGGGUUGACUCAACGAUUCUGCCAACAGUGUAGCAGAUUCCAUACUCUAUCUGAAUUCGACAAUGGAAAACGGAGCUGCCGGAAGAGACUGGCGGAUCACAACCGUAGGCGGCGGAAGUCCCACCAGCAGGCCGACAAAUCCCAACUUCGCGGCUCCCCUUCCGAUCAUAGGUCUCCAGGUGAUUCGGGAGCUCAGUCUUGUUCGUCGGUGACGGUGGCAAUAUCACCGCCGAGAAUCUCUUUGGACUACUUUGGCCGUCAAAGUUCGUCCUCAACCAGCUCUCUAUUUUACUCAAACGGCUGAGGAAUAUAUAUGGAUUGGAGGAUCGAGAGAAAUAAUUUUAAGAACUAUAUAAGAUGAUGGUUCUUCUAACGAUGAUGAUGAUGAUUUCAAAUAAUUAGGUUUAAAUCAUUUAUGUAAUCUUUUAAUUAAUUAAUUAGGCUAGCUAUAGCUAUAGCUAGCUAGCAGUAGCAAGCACUUAUACUAGUCAAGUGUGUUCAUGUCUUUAAAUUUCAUUAUUAGGUUAAUUAUUAACUACUGUAGUGUUCAACUUAAUUUAUUUUCUGUCUCUACUUUAUA